AAAGCACAUCUUUUUGUCAUUUUUAGCCUGGAUUUUGCGGCUUCGAUUUCGGUCACCUGCGCGUUAUAAUUGUCGAGUAAAGGUAUCACUCACAUUCAUGGAUGUUUCCAAAAUGUGUGUUACUACAUCUUCUGAAUUUUCAUUGGCCUCAGUUGUGGAAGGAUGUCAGCUGCCUGUGCACAUGCUGAAAACCGACGAGUGGCCAUUGGCCGAGAUUGUCAGCACAAAGGAAGAGGAUGGCCGACAGAGGUUCUACGUCCACUACAUUGACUACAACAAGCGGCUGGAUGAGUGGGUGACAGAGGAGCGGCUGGAUCUGCGGCGCAUCCAGUUCCCCCGGAAGGACAGAGAUGCUCCCACCACCACCACCCAGGGUACAACGACUGGGCUGAACACACCCAAGAAGAAGGAGCCGUCCAGCACGCUGCCGUCGCGGUCCGGCUCACCGGUCCAGUCACCCGAGCCGCACCACAUGGCCGGCACGCCCAACGUCCUGUCUGCCGCCCUGCUCAGAAAGAAGGCGCAGAAGCGCAAGCUGCCCUCCUCCGAGGAGGUACGACCCGGUCAGGCGGCCAAGCCGACCGGUCGACCCGGGUUCGGCCGUGCACGCACCGGCAGCAUGGCCGUCCACCAGGACGACGUGGUGACGCGCGUCAAAAACGUCCAGAUGAUCGAGCUCGGUCGCCACCGCAUCAAGCCCUGGUACUUCGCACCUUACCCUCAGGAAAUGACCAAGAUGGGGUGCAUAUACCUUUGCGAGUUCUGUCUGGCAUACAGGAAAAGCUCGAAGUGCCUGGAGAGACACAUCAAAAAGUGCAAGCUAAAGCACCCUCCGGGUGACGAGAUCUACCGCAAGCACACCAUCUCCUUCUUCGAGGUGGACGGCCGGAAGAAUAAAGUGUACGCGCAGAACCUCUGUCUGCUCGCCAAGCUCUUUCUCGACCACAAGACGCUGUACUACGACACGGAUCCGUUCCUCUUCUACGUGAUGACCGAGUGCGACAGUCGCGGUAACCACAUCGUGGGGUACUUCAGCAAAGAGAAGGAGUCGACCGAAGACUACAAUGUUGCCUGCAUCCUGGCGCUGCCGCCCUACCAGCGGAAGGGCUACGGCCGGCUCCUCAUAGAGUUCAGUUACGAGCUGUCCAAGUUCGAGGGCAAGACCGGCUCGCCGGAGAAGCCGCUCUCGGACCUGGGCCUGCUCUCGUACCGCAGCUACUGGUCGCAGGCCAUCCUAGACCUGCUCAUCAACACCAAGCCGCUGGAGGGCCAGGAGACGCCGCAGAUCACUAUCAGCGAGAUCUCCGAGCUGACGAGCAUCAAGAAGGACGACGUGAUAUCCACCCUGCAGUGGCUGAACCUGAUCCACUACUACAAGGGCCAGUACAUCAUCACGCUCAACAAGGAGCUUAUCAAGACGCACCUGCGCAGCAUGGGCAAGCGCACGCGCACCAUCGACUCCAAGGGCCUGCACUGGACGCCCCGCGACUGGUCGAAGCGGGGCAAGUGGUGACCAGCGGGUCACGGCGGUGCGCCGUGACCCGCCCGUAGUCAGCCGUCCCGCCGCUGUGCGCCGGGCUGCCCCCGGCUUGUGAUCCGGCGGUGGCGGGGCGACGGGGCACCUCGGCUGUGUAGACCGGCCCGCCGGCCGAGCGUCGACUGAGCUGCCGUUCGUGUUGUGAUCCGGCGGUGGCAGGGCGGCGGGGCACCUCGGCUGCGCAGACCAGCCUGCUGGUCGAGCGUCGACUGAGCUGCCGUUCGUGUUGUGAUUGCGCCGUUUUCAAUACAGCUUUUGCAGUCGGCA